AUGGCCGCCGCUUCCAGCAGCUUCCGCCUCGGGGACCACGCUCUGUUCUUGCUUCUGCUGGCGUUUCUCAGCUUGGCACGGCACACCACGGGAGCCGCGGCCAGCCCCAGCAGGAGGCUCAUGGAGCUGUACAAGCCGCCGCCGAGCGACCUCCUAAGGUACCACGACGGCGCCGUGCUGAGUGGCGACAUCCCCGUCUCCGUCCUCUGGUACGGCCGCUUCACGCCCGCACAGAAGGCCAUCGUCACCGACUUCCUCCACUCCCUCUCCGCCCCGCGGCGGGGAGCGCCGCCGUCCUCCCCCGCGCCUUCCGUCUCCCAGUGGUGGGGCACAAUCGACCGGCUCUACCUAUCGAAGGCGGACGCGGCGGCCGUCGGCAAGAGCGGCGCGUACGGCGGCGGCAAGAAGAGCAUCACUCGGGUGGUCCUGGCUGGCCAGGUCUCCGACGAAGGGUGCUCGCUGGGGAAGAGCCUGAAGCUCGCCCAGCUCCCAGCGCUGGCGGCGGCGGCGGCCGCGGCACGCCCCGCGACGGCGAAGGGCGGCGGGCUCGCGCUGGUGCUCACGGCGCAGGACGUGGCGGUGGAGGGCUUCUGCAUGAGCCGGUGCGGGCACCACGGGUCGUCCUCGUACGACGCGCGGGCGCGGCCCCGCGCGGCGGCGGCGGCGGCGUACGCGUGGGCGUGGGUCGGGAACCCGGCCACGCAGUGCCCCGGCCAGUGCGCGUGGCCGUUCCACCAGCCGGCGUACGGGCCACAGGCGCCGCCGCUGGUGCCGCCGAACGGGGACGUGGGCAUGGACGGCGCGCUGAUCAGCGUGGCCAGCAUGGUGGCCAGCGCCGUGACCAACCCGUUCGGGGACGGGUUCUACCAGGGCGACCGCGGCGCGCCGCUGGAGGCCGCCACGGCGUGCGCGGGCGUCUACGGCGCGGGCGCGUACCCCGGGUACGCCGGGCAGCUGCUGGUGGACGCGGCGACGGGUGCCAGCUACAACGCCAACGGGGCGCGCGGGAGGAAGUACCUGCUCCCCGCGCUGUACGACCCCGACACGGGUGCCUGCGCCACCUUGGUUUGA